AGUGCACUGUGAUAAACACAUAUGUGGCCAUUUCACAGUUUCUUCAUCUGGAUUUGAGCAUUUUGUGUCAUUCAUCACACACUGUUGCUGGGAUAUAAUCUGGUUAUGGCAUUUUCUUCACAUCUCCUGAUUAUCUCUGCUUUCCUCAUCUGCUUAUGUCCUGCUGAUGAAUAUUUCUCAAUCCGUGAACAACAGUGGUCUAAAAUCUCUGCACCUGGACAGACUGCUGGAAAUGAUUCAGUGAAAUCUAAGCAUGCUGAGACAACCAUAGUACCUGAACAAACUGUUCAAACUAACAGUUUGAACGGCAACGAAGUAACAUCUGAGCCUGCUGGAACCACCAGAGUUUCUGAAUCAACCACUCCAACCAAUUUAGUACCAUCUGAACCUGCUGAGAAAACACCAGCAGUUGAGGCAACUAGUCCAACACACCCUUCUGAGACGACCACAGUACCUGAAUCCACAGCUCAGACUAAAAUAUUAACAUCACAGCCUACAAAAACCACUUCACUAUCUCAGUCUACACCUGUAACUGACACAGUAACUUCUAAUCCUACUAACAUCACCUUGGUACCUGAAGAAACCAAUACAACUAAUUCAGUAACAUCUGAUCCUAGUGAGACCACUUCACUACCUAUACUUACAGAUUCAACAACAUCUGAGCCUGUCAGUACCACAGCAGUUUCUCAAUCAAUCAGUCCAACUGUUCCAGUUACAUCUGAUCCUAGUGAGACCACUUCACUACCUAUACCUACGGAUUCUACAGAUACAGCAACAUCUGAGCCUGCCAGUACCACCACGUUUUCACAAUCCAUCAGUUCAACUGUUCCAGUUACAGCCGAUCCUAGUGAGACCACUUCACUACCUUUACCUACAGGUUCUACAAAUACAGUGACAUUUGAGCCAACCAGUACCACCAUGGUUUCUCAAUCAAUCAGUCCAACUGUUCCAGUUACAUCCGAUCCUAGUGAGACUACUUCACUUCCUUUACCUCCAGAUUCUACAAAUACAGUGACAUUUGAGUCUACCAGUACCACAGUGAUUUCUCAAUCAACCAGUCCAACUGUUCCAGUUACAUCCGAUCCUAGUGAGACCACUUCACUACCUUUACCUACGGAUUCUACAGAUACAGCAACAUCUGAGCCUGCCAGUACCACAGCGGUUUCUCAAUCAAUCAGUCCAACUGUUCCAGUUACAUCUGAUCCUAGUGAGACUACUUCACUACCUAUACCUACAGAUUCUACAGAUUCACCAACAUCUGAGCCUGUUAGCACCACCACCACAGCUUCUCAAUCAGUCAGUCCGACUGUUCCAGUUACAGCCGAUCCUAGUGAGACCAGUUCACUACCUUUACCUACAGGUUCUACAAAUACAGUGACAUUUGAGCCAACCAGUACCACCAUGGUUUCUCAAUCAAUCAGUCCAACUGUUCCAGUUACAUCUGAUCCUAGUGAGUCUACUUCACUACCUAUACCUACAGAUUCUACAGAUUCACCAACAUCUGAGCCUGUUAGCACCACCACCACAGCUUCUCAAUCAGUCAGUCCGACUGUUCCAGUUACAUCUGAUCCUAGUGAGACCACUUCACUACCUAUAGCUACAGAUUCUACAGAUACAGCAACAUCUGAGCCUGCCAGUACCACCAUGUUUUCACAAUCCAUCAGUCCAACUGUUCCAGUUACAUCUGAUCCUAGUGAGACCACUUCACUACCUUUACCUACGGAUUCUACAGAUACAGCAACAUCUGAGCCUGCCAGUACCACAGCGGUUUCUCAAUCAAUCAGUCCAACUGUUCCAGUUACAUCUGAUCCUAGUGAGUCUACUUCACUACCUAUACCUACAGAUUCUACAGAUUCACCAACAUCUGAGCCUGUUAGCACCACCACCACAGCUUCUCAAUCAGUCAGUCCGACUGUUCCAGUUACAGCCGAUCCUAGUGAGACCAGUUCACUACCUUUACCUACAGGUUCUACAAAUACAGUGACAUUUGAGCCAACCAGUACCACCAUGGUUUCUCAAUCAAUCAGUCCAACUGUUCCAAUUACAGCCGAUCCUAGUGAGACCACUUCACUACCUUUACCUACAGGUUCUACAAAUACAGUGACAUUUGAGCCAACCAGUACCACCAUGGUUUCUCAAUCAAUCAGUCCAACUGUUCCAGUUACAUCUGAUCCUAGUGAGUCUACUUUACUACCUAUACCUACAGAUUCUACAGAUUCACCAACAUCUGAGCCUGUUAGCACCACCACCACAGCUUCUCAAUCAGUCAGUCCGACUGUUCCAGUUACAGCCGAUCCUAGUGAGACCAGUUCACUACCUUUACCUACAGGUUCUACAAAUACAGUGACAUUUGAGCCAACCAGUACCACCAUGGUUUCUCAAUCAAUCAGUCCAACUGUUCCAGUUACAUCUGAUCCUAGUGAGACCACUUCACUACCUGUAUCUACAGAUUCUACAAAUACAGCAACAUCUGAGUCUGCCAGUACCACCAUGGUUUCUCAAUCAAUCAGUCCAACUGUUCCAGUUACAUCUGAUCCUAGUGAGUCUACUUCACUACCUAUACCUACAGAUUCUACAGAUUCACCAACAUCUGAGCCUGUUAGCACCACCACCACAGCUUCUCAAUCAGUCAGUCCGACUGUUCCAGUUACAUCUGAUCCUAGUGAGACCACUUCACUACCUAUAGCUACAGAUUCUACAGAUACAGCAACAUCUGAGCCUGCCAGUACCACCAUGUUUUCACAAUCCAUCAGUCCAACUGUUCCAGUUACAUCUGAUCCUAGUGAGACCACUUCACUACCUUUACCUACGGAUUCUACAGAUACAGCAACAUCUGAGCCUGCCAGUACCACAGCGGUUUCUCAAUCAAUCAGUCCAACUGUUCCAGUUACAUCUGAUCCUAGUGAGUCUACUUCACUACCUAUACCUACAGAUUCUACAGAUUCACCAACAUCUGAGCCUGUUAGCACCACCACCACAGCUUCUCAAUCAGUCAGUCCGACUGUUCCAGUUACAGCCGAUCCUAGUGAGACCAGUUCACUACCUUUACCUACAGGUUCUACAAAUACAGUGACAUUUGAGCCAACCAGUACCACCAUGGUUUCUCAAUCAAUCAGUCCAACUGUUCCAAUUACAGCCGAUCCUAGUGAGACCACUUCACUACCUUUACCUACAGGUUCUACAAAUACAGUGACAUUUGAGCCAACCAGUACCACCAUGGUUUCUCAAUCAAUCAGUCCAACUGUUCCAGUUACAUCUGAUCCUAGUGAGUCUACUUUACUACCUAUACCUACAGAUUCUACAGAUUCACCAACAUCUGAGCCUGUUAGCACCACCACCACAGCUUCUCAAUCAGUCAGUCCGACUGUUCCAGUUACAGCCGAUCCUAGUGAGACCAGUUCACUACCUUUACCUACAGGUUCUACAAAUACAGUGACAUUUGAGCCAACCAGUACCACCAUGGUUUCUCAAUCAAUCAGUCCAACUGUUCCAGUUACAUCUGAUCCUAGUGAGACCACUUCACUACCUGUAUCUACAGAUUCUACAAAUACAGCAACAUCUGAGUCUGCCAGUACCACCAUGGUUUCUCAAUCAACCAGUCCAACUGUUCCAGUUACAUCUGAUCCUACUGAGACCACUUCACUACCUAUAGCUACAGAUUCUACAGAGACAGUAACAUCUGAGCCUGCUGGAACCACCACAGUCUCUGAAUCAACUGGUCCAACCAUUUCAGUAACAUCUGAACCUGCUGUGACAACCACAGCACCUGAACCAUCAACCACACAGCCUGCCGAGACAUCUGAAUCUACAGGUUCUACAGAUACAGUAACAUCUGUGACUGCUGGCACAACUUUAAUAUCUGAAUCGACUAAUCCCAGUCCAACCAACACAGUAACAUCUGAAUCUGCUGAGACCACAACAUCAACUGAGGCAACCUCUCACCCACCACUUACUCAACCAAGUGGACCACCAUCAUCACCUCCAACAGAACCAACCACAACAUCAACCAUAACACCAACUAACUUACCAACUGUAAGACCAACCAUACCAUCAACCAAACCACCAACUGAUUUGCCAGCCACACUACCAACAACACCACCUGCUACACCAACGACUCAAACAACCACUAAACCAUUCACAACAGCAGAGUCGUAUAAGUGCCAAAAUGGUGGAUAUUUCAAUGGAUUUAACUGCACAUGUCUUGCUGGAUUUAGUGGAAAGCUUUGCCAAUACGUUGAAAUGGUUGAACCAGAUGCACUCAACAGGUCAGUCCUGGUUCAUGUGGAGAUCAAUCAGCAAUUUAAUGACAAAUAUGACGACAAAACAUCAUCCGAAUACAAAGAGUUUGUUGGAAACUUCACAGAUCAGAUGAAGACAUAUUACCAGAAAAAGAACAUAGCGAACUUUAAAGGAGUGGUAGUAACCAGUGUCAGCCGUGGACGCCCUUUAGUCAGAUUGUCAGAUAAUGCUGUGGAAGAGAUGACAUUAUCAACUGAAGCUGUUGCUAUCUACAGUAUCACAUCAAGAGCUGACAGUAUUAGUGUCACUCAUGAUGUGGUUUUGGUAAUUCCAAACAAUGCCAGCUCUGAACAACAGUAUCUGGAUGACUUUGAAGCAGUUAAGGAGGCUGUGAAUGAGCUUGUUGACUGUACAGGGGAUUGUCCUUACAAUGUCACAGAUCAACCCAUAGUGAAUACAACAGAGGUGGAUUUGGGAUCUGUAUGUGAAGAGUUGGUGAACAAUCCAGAUGUUGCUGAAUUCUACGAACCUGUACCUGUUCAUGGAGUGAUCACAUGUGUGACUAUAUGUAACAGUCUACAUUCACGUCCUAAAACAUGCUACAAUAAGGGAACCUGCAGAGUAUACAGGGACGUGGGACCUCUGUGCGAGUGUCAAGCUGUGAAUUCCACUUGGUACUUGGGCAAUGACUGUAGAUUCCCUAUACAGAGGACUGCUUUCUACGCAGGGCUAAGUGUGACCCUGGCUUUUCUAUUGGUGACUAUUGGAGCCUUGACUGCACAUGUGCUGAUCAACAAUCACAAGCAAACACAGAGGAGAGACAUUAAAGAGAAGCUGGUGAACCAGUGGUUUAAUGAGGACUUUAAGUGGUCCAGAUCCAACAGCCCACUUGAUGCAUAUAAUGCUGGAGGUUACAGAAAUCCCUCAUUCCCACAAGAAGACUCUGCCAGCCACAGGAAGGAUCCAGGUGAUUACAGACGACCUGUUGACAACAGACUGCCCAGCUCAUCAGUGAGCAUGUUCCCCUCUUUGCAAACAGCACCCAGACACGAUACUCCACUUUCUAAUGGGAAUGUGGCUCUGCCCCUCAGAGACCUCUCAUCCAACCUGCCAAUGAGGAUCAGCAGACCUAGGAUCAGGACAUCCUGGGAUGCCUGAGCUGUGCAGUGAAACUGACUGGAUCCUAACUGUUUCUACAAACACAUGGCUCCUCAGUUUAAUGUCUUUUGCUGCCUUCUAAGCCAUUUAUACCAGCUGUAGCUGCUUACAUUGCUGCUUGAUUUAUUUUUUGAUUUUUUUAAAGUCAAAGUGCUAAUAUAUAUAUUCAGUAUUUAUGGUUGUAAUGUUCAGUUUUGUUGCCGCUGUUAGAGAGGUAUUUUCUCUGUGGUCAUUUCAGACACUGCAGUUAGUGGUUAGUGUUGUAAUUGGAUAGGCAGAUAUUUACUAUGUUUAUAUAUAUAUACAUGAAAGGCUAAACAUUAAGAAACACCUCUCAGUUACACUGACCCACCAUCCAACUUUAAAACUGGAGACUUCACAUGUAACUUUUCAGUUCUCCACAGAGGAACUUUGGGUGUUUUGGGUGGUACUUCCUAGUUCUGUAGGUAGUGAGUCAUUAUUAAAUUAGUAGUUUGCUUUAACAACAUCUCGUCCUGACUGAGCAGAACAGAGACACUGACACUGGGACCACAUUGGUAAAUGAACAGUCCACUACCUUAAACCUAGGAAUGGUUUUGUUUGAAAUAUGAAUAUUUACUAGGCAAGCACCUUCAUGCCUGAAAUUUCAAGCAGAUUUCAGUUUGGUGAGUGAGUACAGAUAUCUGUCAGCCAAUGAUGAUAAAAAUCUGAGGCAGAAAGAGAGUGGAGGCAGAAGUUAGUGCACAAUGAUGAUUGACUAUAUUGCAAUUUUGCACAAUGUUACUUGUUUCGGCCAUAAUUAUUUAGAUGUGCUUCAUAUAAAUAAAAAGUGUUCUGCUGUCAAAAA